AUGAGUAAUGAACUACUUAGUGAAGAAAAACUUAUCAAAAAAUACUCCAAACAAGCAGAAUUAUUAAAAGCUUUAGGAAUAAAUAUCUUAAAAGGUAAUCCAAACUCUCUCACAAGUAAUAUUACAAUACCGGAGCUAGAGAAUUGUCAUGAAUGUAAUGAAGAAAUUUUGUUAAAUCUACCCAAAGCAUUUACUAUGCUCAUGUAUAAUGAAGGAACAGCAUCAGCUGAAGUUCAGAACGUAGAUAUGUCAGAGGCAGUGGAAGAUGAAGCUAUUCCAAGAAGUGAAACAAAAUCCAUGGAACCUAAUAAAGUACAAGGUUUAAUAAAAAAACUAUCUAUGCCAAGUGAGCUAAUUGAUGAUAAUGAUAGAGGAAAUAAGAGCAAAGAAUUAAAACCAAUAACUUUACUCCA